UCAACCCUACAAUGCUAUGUUUUUAGAAAAUGUACAUUCUCAGUGAUGCUUCUGACAAACUGUUUUUGAUUUGUAGUUUUCACCAUGGGGGACAUGAAAACUCCAGACUUUGAUGACCUGCUGGCUGCUUUCGACAUUCCUGACCCAACCAGCCUUGAUGCCAAGGAAGCCAUUCAGACAGCCGGUGAGGAGAAUGACAGCCAUCUCAAGCAGACAGGGAUUGGCAUAGAGGAAAAUACAUCUUUGUCCCAUGCUGCCCCAGCUUCUGAUGUUCCAGUUGUGAGCGUCAUUGUGAAGAACACCUGUCGUCAGGAGUCGUUCGAGGCAGAAAAGGACGGUAACCACCUUGGACCGGGCCUGUUGCACAAUGGAUUCCGUGGCUCAGAUCUGCCCCUGGAGACCCACAGCUAUGGGAAAUUUGAUUCAUCUUUCAUCAAUGGAGAUGGCUUGAGGAACUAUCCAGAGAAGUUGGAACAGGCAAAGUCGGAGCCUUUACCAACUUUUAGUCAGUUCAGUCCAAUCUCCAGCCCGGAGCCAGAGGAUGUGCUCAAAGAAAACAGUAUUGUAGACAAACCUAAACAUGCCCAAACUCCUUAUUUCCCACCCCAUCCCAUGUAUAUUCCAUCGGGGUCGUCUGUGUUAGAUUUGCUCAGUAGGACUCUGCCAGAGCCAGAGUUUAGUAGGUUUAUGUCAACUGGUCCAUCGCUGCUAGAUCUCUUAAGUAAGAAACUGCCAGAACCAGAGCUGAGUAUGUUUGAUCAAUAUUGUAAAAGAGAUCCAAAGAUAGAAAUGCAUGGGCUUCAAGAGAACAGGGCAGAGGUCACCAGCAAGAGGGAGCGUGACAAGAGCCCAGAGAAAUGUGACGGGUCUGGCAAAGAUCUUAUGGACACACACAGUACCUUUGGUGAAGGGUUGCCCCUUGGCAACUUCCAUGGCAAUAACGUGGGGGAAACUAAAGGUUCUGUGCCUGAGAUGAACUUUUCUUCAUCAGUCCCACCCCGCCAGCGUCUCAAGCCCACUCACUCCAAACUUUCCUCUUGUGUCGCUGCCCUUGUAGCCCUCCAGGCCAAGAAGGUUGCAGGCAUCUCCAAGGAGGAUCAGGCAAAUGUGACGAGAGAGCCCCCUGGCUCCUUUAAGGAUGGCAUUAAGGGAAGCCCCAAAAUGCCAAAGUCACCAAAGAGCCCCAGAAGCCCCCUUGAAAUGGUGAGAAAGGCCAGCAAGCAGCCUGAAUCUCCCCGGAGUGUGUGCAGCGACAGCAGCGGCAAAGGCUCUCCUUCAGUGGCAACUGGCUCCCCUCCAGCAAUUCCCAAAGUGCGGAUCAAGACCAUUAAAACCUCUUCUGGUGAAAUUAAAAGAAUGGUCACGAGGAUCUUGCCUGAGGCAGACGACUUGGGCAAAUCUCCUCAAGAAUCACCUGCAGAUGGCUCAGUGGCCGAAGAGUUUGUCAAACCGUUCCCUUCUCCAGAAGCGGCCUCUUCCCUGGAAGCUGAGCCAUGCAAGGAUUUUGCAAAAGCUGCCGCCCCAGAAGCAAACUUGUUAAGCCCCCAAGUGAACACUUUGAUUGCAGACAUUCCCAUAAACAGCACCCCCAGUGCGUCGCUCUUGGCCAACAGCAGCAGCGGGACAAUGAAAGUAGGCGUUGCAGGACAGCAGCUGAGCAAAAAGCAGCAGCCAGGCAUCGUGGCCCAGCUCUGCAACCCAGCCAGCCUCCUCCCGAAAGCCGUGCACCUGGCCAACCUCAACCUGGUCCCCCACAGCGUUGCAGCUUCGGUGGCUGCCAGGUCAUCUGUGCAACGGCGCAGUCAGCCCCAGCUGACACAGGUGACCGUGCCACUCGUGCAGCAGGUCAAGAAGGCCGCCCCACUUGUUGAGGCAUUUAACAAAGUGUUGCAUGGUGCCAAUCCAGUGCCAAUAUAUACACCCAACCUCAGCCCUCCCCUUGACAGCAGUAUUCAUGUUCCUGCCUCUGGGUAUUGUUGCCUGGAAUGUGGUGAUUCGUUUGCCUUAGAAAAAAGCCUCACUCAACAUUAUAGCCGGAGAAGUGUCCACAUUGAAGUCAUGUGUACUCAGUGUUCAGCAAUGCUGCUUUUCUUUAACAAGUGUAGCUUGCUCAAACACGCGAGGGAUCACAAGAGCAAAGGCUUCAUCAUGCAGUGUUCACAGCUCUUCAUGAAACCCAUUUCUGUAGACCAAAUGUUUUCGCCGUCUCCCACAAGCUCUUCAACGUCUUCAAGUCCACCGACCACACGGUUGUCCUCUCUGUCACAUAAGUCCUGUGCUGGAUCAGGAAGUGGGACGGGGAGCAUGACAAAUGCCCAGCCGGCGCUGCCUCUGUAUACAGACCCAUUGAGACUUAUUCGUUAUGGAUUAAAGUGUUUUGAAUGUAAUAAACAGGCAUUGGACUAUAUUGCCCUAGCAGCACAUUAUCAGAGAACCUCAGAAGAUAAUGAGGGCCUGACAUGUCAAGUGUGUCAGAUGCUGUUGCCGAACAAAUGCAGUUACUGCGCUCAUCAAAGAAUCCAUGCUCAUAAAUCCCCCUAUUGCUGCCCCGAGUGCGGGGCCAUUUGCCGGUCGGCCUAUUUCCAAACCCACGUCAAAGAGAAUUGCCUGCAUUACUCCCGUAAAGUCGGUUACAGGUGCAGCCAUUGUGGGGUGGUUUUCAUGUCACAAGCUAUGCUGAAAGUCCACAUUCACGAGAAGCACUGUGAAGUCUUCCACAAGUGUUCAUUCUGCCCCAUGGCCUUCAAGUCUGCAGACAGCACCACUGCUCACAUCACCAGCCAGCAUCCUGCAGAGCCUCACAAGACAUCUCAGGUGAUCUACAAAUGCUCUUGUGAGACCGUCUUUAACAAGAAGAGGCUUCUGCAGGAGCACUUCCAGCAAAAUGCCAACAGGCUGAUGGUGGGCGUGUUCAAGUGCCCCCACUGUCAACUGGUGUAUAUGCAGAAGCUGCAGUUAAUGCAACACGUCAAGAGCACCCACGGAGUCCCUGAAAAUCCCGAGGACUUCACCAGUGCUCGGCAGAAGGUCGAGGCGACCACAAGCGGUCCCGUCCUCCCAACGUCCAAGGAGCUGUCCAUCAUCAACGGUACUUCUCAGUCGACCUCUUUGCCCACGAAAGGCACGAGCCCAGAAUCCAAGCCAAAGUCCAGAACUUGCAGUUGGACUUGCCGGGAGUGUUCGCAGUGGAUCCCCGACCGUGAAACUUAUGUGUCCCACAUGAGAAAAAGCCAUGGAAAGAACAUGAAGAGAUUUCCUUGCCGGCAGUGUGAGCGGUCGUUCAGUGCCUCCAACAGUCUGCACAGACACGUUCGCAAUAAUCACGACACAGCAAAGAAAGUGUACCCUUGUUGGUACUGCACAGAUGAAAUUCAGACCUUUCCUCAGCCAUCGAUGCUGGAGAGUCACAUGAGCCUCAUGCACGGCAUCAAAAAUCCAGAUCUUUCCCAGAUAUCCAAAGACUUGACAAAAACAAAAACUCCAAAGAGAGUAACCGCAGAUGGUCUGAGUCAGGUGGAAGCUACCGCAUCAGGAUCAGAUGACCCGCCAGCAAAGAAAUUGAAGGCAGCCCGCUGGAAAUGUGCCAAGUGUGGUUUUGCUACAGCCACAGAGACUGACUUUCUGGAACACAUACCUCGACACAAGUCAGACAGUUCCACAUACCAGUGCCUGCUCUGCGGUUUGUGUUAUACGUCCCACCUCUCUCUGAACAGGCACCUCUUUAUUGUUCAUAAAGUAAAAGAUCCGGAAGAAGAAGAGGAGGAGGAGGAAGAGGAGGAGGAGGAAGAGGAGGAGGAGGAGCAAGAACAAGAGGGUGGAAACGAGGUUCCAGAAAUAGAGGCCAGAGAGAACGGACUGGGGGAGGCGAAUGGCGAGACAAGCCACAGCAGUGCAGAAGGGGACUCUUCCAAGAGCAGAGACUCGGAGCGCGACCCUGUGCCCUGCAGCAAAGAGAAGCCUAGUUCCCAGAACAAACCCACAAAGUCUCCCCCUAUUUAAGAGUGCGCUCAGCUUCCCCAGAAUCAUUGGUUGGAGGAGGGAGGGAGGGAGGGAGGCUCUUCAUGAUGCUGUUGAAUGGAUGGAACAGGCGCCGCGUUCCGUUCGUCUUGAUCAGUAAGGGAAAUUGGGGAAAAAGCACCCAACUGUCACCGUCUCCCUAGCACAGAAUGUGUAAUGGAAGGGGAGGGAAGAGAGAGAGAUUAUAGCAGUGUUUCUCAACCUCCGGAACUUUAAGAUGUGUGGACUUCAA